UCACACCACUCAAAAACACACUGUACAGUCCGAGGCAGAGGCGGUGAGGGUGUGUACGAUAACUAACAGAGCAUUUUUUAUUUUUAUUUUCUGAAGUGAAGUUUGAGAGUCGGGACUUAGAAUGAAGAUCCUCCUCAUCUUCACCUUCUGCCUGAUUAUAGCUGGUUCUGAUGCUGUAACUACAGUAACUGGAUACAGAGGAAGAUCAGUUCAGAUUAAAUGCCCCUACGGAUCUGGAUAUGAAGAAUACAAGAAGUAUCUCUGCAGAGGUAAAUGUUCCUAUGAAGAAGUUCUUGUUCAUUCUGGAUCUCCUGCUAAAGACACCAGAUUCUCUCUGUAUGACAACACAACAGCCAAAGUCUUCACCGUCACCAUCACUGAUCUGAGAACAGAGGAUGGAAACACUUACUGGUGUGUGAUAGAGCGGACAGGGUAUGAUCUUUACACAGAGCUUCUACUGCUGGUUAAAACGGAUGAUCCUGCCAUCACUGUCUCACACUCCACACACACCACACACUCCGCUUCAACACAAUCUGCUUCAACACACUCCGCUUCAACACAGUCUGCUUCAACACAGUCUGCUUCAACACACUCCAUGAGUCCAUCAGUGCCUGCUGAGAUCACACAUUCAACAACAGCAAAUCCACUAAAUGAUGCUAACCAUCCAACCGUCGCUCCCUCACCUCAGGAAUUUCCGACUUCCACUGCCAUCAUCGCAGUGUCUGUGGUUCUAGUUCUGCUUCUCGUUGCCUUUUUAUUCGCCGUCGCCCGACAGAGGAAAAAGAGGACACAAGUCUCAGCCUCAUCUUCAGCCCAGGCUCCACAAAGCUCCUCAAACCUCCAUGUGGUCCCAUGUCCUGUCUAUGAUUAUGAGGAGACUAAAGACAGCAGAUGUCUUUCUAACACACUUUACUCCACUGCUCAGCUACUCUCAACCCCCUUCGAGUUAUAUUCCAACAUAGGAUUACCCACAGUUCCCUCUGAUUCUUCACAAAAUCUUUAUGCGACAGUACAACACCCAUCAGAUUCUCCUGAUCAGGACGUCUACUCCACAUCUCAGUUACCCACAAUUCUCUCUGAUUCCUCAGUCAGUGCUGCUCCACCGUCAGUUAUGAAAUCUGGUGAAAGUCCAACGUACGCAGCAGUGAGUUUUAACACCAGAUCUAAUGCUGCAGCUCCACCAGUGAUCUACAAGAACGAGAGCAACUCAUGUGGCUACGCUACUGUUAAUAUUAACGGAUGUGGCUAGUUAGCAUUCAUCAGAACGCUAAUCAUUCCGAGUUAUUUGUCAUUUGUAGCACGCAUUAUAUUUCUUUAUACCACAGUGCUGUUUAGUUCUCAAAUCGCAUUGGUCAGACAGUGCUGAUUUAUUUUCUAUGAGUACGCUGUUUUAUAUUUUAAUAUAUAUUUUUAACAUUUUAAAUUGUUGGUGAAUUGCUAUGGUAUGAGAAGAAUAUAACACCUGGGGCAUGCGCUUAUGUAAAAAUAAUCAACUUUGGGGGUGUAACAGUAACUCCACCUCAUCACACCACUCUGUCACAUUAGUAUAACAGUAACACACACACUGUUUAUUUCUUACUUUUUAUAUAAUCCUCCUAUUUAUGUAUUGUGAUGUGUUUAAGUUGCAGCAUUAUACUCCAAGUUUCACCAGUUUCAAGGUGUUUAACAUGUUUAGUUAAUUCCCAUUAAGGUGUUUACUCUUCCUCUCGAACCUUGUGUAUAUCAGUGUGUAUGGCUUCUUUCACUUUUGUUGAGCAAUAUUGUAUAUAGGUUAUAGAUUAUAAAUCAAGAUAUUUCUAUCAGGAAGUGGAAUAACUUAUUUAUUAUAUUUAUUAUUUCUGUAUUUGCUUUUGUUGCUAUUUUUUGUUUUCUAUAACUAUCAAUAAAAUAAUAUUUACUAUUUUAACAUAAUACCAAACUGUAAUAAACGGUGUGAUUCCUUUCAUUAUAUUAUGAUUCUGUGGGUGCAAUAAUGAAGAAAAAGAAAGAAAGAAUUAUAAACAAUUACAAAUGUGUGAUGAAAGGGUUAGGUUUCGAAAAUUCAGUGACCAGUGACGGGUAUUCGCUUUAUUUAUUUUUACACUAAAGGUGGAACUGAAUAUGAAUACAUUAUUGAAUGUGUUCUAAACAUUUACAACAUAUCUGCAUAGCAGCACUGUGUACUAGCUUUGUAGUGGAUUAUGAGAGUGUGUCCAGCGAUCUUUUCUGAUAUUUCUGUAAUGUAAGAAACCC